GUCCUCACAAAGCUACCACCUUCCCCCUACUCCCACCACCCCCCACCCCUCGCUCAUCUUUCUUCUUCUCUGCUACUGAAUAAUAAUCCAAUUGGAACCCUCGCUGUUGUUCUAAUUAAAGAAUUGCGCGGGUCGUUAGUUAGAGAAAUGUACCGCUAGUCCACCCCUCCGUAUCCCUUCUUUGCCUUCUCUUUCCUUCCCCCUUUUAUCUUCUUCUUCAUGUGAUCGAGGAUGACAGUGCGGGUAAGAAUAAGACGACCAGUCUUCUUCCUGAUGGUGGUCGUGAUUUCAUCCGCCACCCUCAUCACUCCGUCUCUUUCCGAUCCGAGGACAUCCCAGGCCGCCCUCAUCUGCACCAACCACACCGCCUCCGCCGCCGCUCGCUCCUCCUUCGUCGCCAACUUCCUCUCCGCUAUGGACGCCGUGACCCCGCAGAUCACCGCCCGGCAGUACGCCAGAGUCGUCGUUACCGGGGGAAGUAACCCCGACAACGCUUCCGCUGUCUAUGCCUUCGGGCAGUGCAUGAAGGACCUGUCCAAGGCCGACUGCGACAUGUGCUUCGCCACCUGCAAGACCCAGAUCCUCAAAUGCCUCCCCUUCCAGAAAGCCACUCGCGGCGGUCGCAAUUUCUUGGACGGUUGCUACCUCAGGUAUGACGAGUACGAGUUCUUCGGGGAGGCGCUGAGCCAAGAUGACAGAGUAAUCUGCAGUGAUCAGGAAUUCGCUGGGAAUACUACUGCUUUCACAGAAAACACGAAGAAUUUGGUUAAGAAGCUGAGCACAGAGGCUCCAAGGAAUGAUGGCUUCCUUGUUGGUUCUGUUGAAGCAGGGAAUUCAAGUGUUUAUGGACUGGGGCAAUGUUGGGAGUUUGUGAAUAAGAGCUCAUGCGAGAAGUGUCUGCUAAAUGCGAGAAAGACAAUUAAUUCAUGCAUACCUAAGCAGGAAGGAAGGGUGUUAAAUUCGGGGUGUUACAUGAGAUACUCAAUCAGUCGUUUUUACAACAAUUCAGGAACUGAUGCUGCCGGCGGAGGAGGUGGGCACCUUGCUGUUAUCCUUGCUGUUGUUUCAUCAGCUGUGGCAUUUGUGAUGAUCUUAGCAUCUAUUAUUUUCUUUGGGAAGAGAAAAAUUUUACAGAGGAGGAAAGUGAGGAGGCAGCUGGGUGCUUUGGCAACUACCAUACGAAGAUCUAGUCUCAACUUUAAAUACGAAACACUUGAGAGGGCUACAAAUUAUUUCAGUGAUGCAAAUAAGCUGGGUCAAGGAGGUUCCGGUUCGGUGUUUAAGGGGGUUCUGCCAGAUGGGAGAUCUGUUGCUGUAAAGAGAUUAUUUUUUAAUACAAGGCAAUGGGUCGAUCAGUUCUUUAAUGAAGUCAAUUUAAUAAGUGGACUUGAACACAAAAAUCUUGUCAAGCUGUUGGGCUGCAGUGUCACUGGUCCUGAAAGCCUUCUCGUAUAUGAAUAUGUACCAAACAAGAGUCUUCAUCAUUACCUUUCUGACAAUGCGAAUGCUAAGCUACUUAGCUGGAAUAUAAGAUACAAAAUCAUCAUGGGGACUGCAGAAGGUUUAGCUUAUCUUCAUGAAGAGUCACAGUUACGAAUUAUUCAUCGAGAUAUUAAACUCAGCAAUAUACUGCUCGAUGAAGAGUAUGCUGCGAAAAUUGCUGACUUUGGACUUGCUAGACUUUUCCCAGAGGAUAAGACUCAUAUUAGCACAGGAAUAGCCGGAACUCUAGGUUAUAUGGCUCCGGAGUAUCUAGUUCGUGGCAGAUUGACUGAGAAAGCAGAUAUAUUCAGCUUUGGGGUUCUUUUAAUUGAAGUCAUCACUGGAAGAAGGAACAGUUCACGAUCGGAAGAUCCAAUCUCAACUCUGCAAGAGGUUUGGAAUCUUUAUACAUCAAAUAGAUUGUUGGAAGCUAUCGAUCCUAUAUUAGAAGGUAAUUUUCCUAUGGAGAAGGCAACUCGGGUGCUCCAAAUCGGGCUUCUUUGUGCUCAAGCAUCUGCAGAGCUGAGACCAGCAAUAUCGAUGGUUGUUAAAAUGCUUGUGGACGAUUCUCCCAUCCCUUCCCCAACUCAGCCACCGUUUCUCAACUCCAGCAUGCAAAUUGCAUUAGCAGCACGGAUGAAAGCCAACUCUAGGCAUGGAACCUCCACUCAGUCAUCGGACAACAACACAACAAUCACAGUGAUUGAGCCAAGAUGAGGGUACUAGAAUAUAAAAUCUUGUAGAUUAUCUUGAUAGUCUAAACAUUAUGCUCUUAGUGAGAAUUGAUCUUUGGUUUUGCUUGCUGAAAUCAAGAGAAUGGUUGUAUAUAUUAUUCUGGAUUAAUUUGUUUACCCUGGGACCAA